AUGCAAGUCUCCGCCAUCAUCGGCUUCACUCUCGCUACCUUCGGCGGUGGGUACGUCUGCGACUUAAUUACGGCCCGGAUGAUCAAGCGAAACCGCGGUGUAUUUGUACCAGAGCUACGGCUAUGGCAUUCACCUGUGACGGGAGACUACACUGGGCAUUCAUCGCAGUCGGAUUCGGCAUGGGUGAGUUCUUCCACUUCUUUACACCUCUUCUCUCUUUGCCUUACUCCUGUCGACCCUGGCUUUGACGAUGAAUCGGCGGACACCGCCUGGCGUUCAGUGGCUUUUGGCGCCGUAUACGCGCCAAAUGUGACAGUGACCUACCUUGUCGACUGUUAUCCCGCCUUUGCAUCCGAAGUUCUUGUCAUUGUCAACGUGGCGAAGAAUGCCAUUGCCUUUGUCUUCCUCUACGUUGCGGUAGAUUGGGUCCAGUUGAAGGGCUGGAUCCAGGUGUAUAUGAUAAUAUUUAUGGUGGUCAGCCUACCCAUGGUUUUGACAAUUCCAUUGUACUUCUGGGGUGAUAGAGCACGGCAGCUGUUUAUAAGGAUGAGCUCUCGAGAGGCAAAGGCAGCAAUGAUCUAG